AUGUUUUCAGGCGUGAUAUUCGAGAGCAGCGAUGGCGCUGCGACGGUCAAAACAGACGUCGAUAUGUCCCACUUGCGGCCGUGGAGCGAGGUGCAGGCGGAGGUGCAGCGGGUGCAGGCGGCCGUGCCGGGGACUGAGGGACAGACGCAGCGUCUGCAGCGCCUCCUGCAGCAGCUUGCCUGCCGUGCUCCUGCUAUACAGCUGCGUCGUCUGUGCGAGUGUCGCCUGCCGCUGCGCCCAACCUGCCUGGACUUCAGCCCCGACCGCGACCUUGUGGCGUGUGGCUGCUACGACAGGACGGCGCGCGUGUUCUGCGCCGCCACCGGCACCGCCGUAGCCACACUACGCGGCCACCACGACCUCAUCAGCGACCUCACCUUCCUCGGACCCCGCGUCGUAACCGCGUCGCUAGACGGGGACGUGAGGGUCUGGACAGGCCCCUGGCAGGACACCAGCCCCGCAGAAUUAUGGUCUGACCAGGAAUACUUCGGAGGAGAACGGGAGCUUAGAGUCGUGAACCACCAUAAACAAAGCAUCAUCUCGUGA